CCCCCCUCCUCCUCCUCAAGCUUUUGGCUCUGCACGAGAAUCCACAAUUUCAAAAACGGAAAAGGAGAAAGUAAAUUAAUGAUCAGACGACGCCCACGCGCCGCCUGCAAUGAGUACCCGAGACGAAUUCGCGGAAGAUGGGCUUCGCAGGCCCUUGCUUCACACCGGAAGCUGGUAUCGAAUGGGGUCUAGGCAGGGAAGCAUGAUGGGCUCCUCCAACCAGUUGAUUCGCGACUCCAUUUCCGUUUACCUCUGCGUCCUCAUCGUUGCUCUCGGCCCAAUUCAAUUCGGCUUCAAUUGCGGUUACUCCAAUCCCACCCAAGAUGAAAUUAUCCGAGAUCUUGACCUGACCAUUUCAGAGUACUCUAUGUUUGGAUCCUUAGCAAAUGUGGGUGCCAUGGUUGGCGCAAUAGCCAGUGGUCAAAUAUCAGAAUACAUUGGAAGGAAAGGGACAUUAAUGGUUGCUUCAAUUCCUAAUGUAAUAGGAUGGCUUGCCAUUUCAUUUGCCCGAGAUUCGUCUUUUCUAUAUAUGGGAAGGUUACUAGCAGGUUUUGGUGUGGGGAUCAUUUCUUAUGUGGUGCCAGUCUAUAUAGCGGAGAUUUCCCCAGAGGACAUUAGAGGAGUUCUUGUGGCCACUGUCCAGCUCUUUAUAACUCUUGGAAUAAUGCUUGCAUAUCUAUUGGGGCUUUUUUUGCCUUGGAGAGUGAUUGCAGUUAUAGGGAUGAUACCAUGCACCAUUUUGAUCCCCGGUCUAUUUUUUAUACCAGAAUCUCCUCGCUGGCUGGCCAAUGUGGGGAAGAUUAAUGAUUUUGAAACGUCAUUGCAAGUUCUGCGUGGAUUUGAUACAGACAUAUCAUCUGAAGUGAAUGAUAUCAAGAAAUCAGUGGCCUCAUCAAAUAAAAGUUCAAGUACUGUUCGAUUUUCAGAGCUUAAGAAAAGGAGAUAUUAUUUACCUCUAAUGAUAGGCAUUGGAUUACUUUCACUCCAGCAACUAAGUGGAAUCAACAGUGUUUUAUUUUAUUCUAGUAAGAUAUUUGAAUCUGCUGGUGUUUCAUCCAGUAAAGCUGCAACAUUUGGGAUCGGGGCUAUUCAGGUCAUCGUCACUGUGAUUGCAACGUUGUUGAUGGAAAGGGCAGGCCGCCGGCUGCUGCUGCUUCUAUCGGCAUUGACAAUGACUAUUGGAACCCUCAUUGUUGCAGCAGCGUUCUUUUUGAAGGAUUGUACUCCAGAGCGUUUGCACUCUCAUUUUGGAGUAAUAUCAGUUGUUGGGCUAUUGAUUUUGGUCAUUGGUUUUGGGCUCGGAUUGGGUGGUGUUCCUUGGAUUAUAAUGUCAGAGAUACUCCCAGUGAAUGUUAAAAGUUUAGGUGGCAGUGUGGCGACAUUGUCCAAUUGGAUGGCCGCCUGGGUUGUCACGAUGACUGCAAACUUGCUUUUGGAUUGGAGCAAAGGAGGAACGUUCGCCCUUUACGCUCUAGUGUCAGCCUUCACAACGUUUUUUGUAUACCUCUGGGUUCCUGAGACCAAAGGAAAGACACUUGAAGCAAUUCAGUUGUAUUUCAGAUAGAGCGGGUUUUUAGCUCAAUUGAGAUUUGGCAAUCGUUCAUCUUAAGCUCUUCCUCUAUAUACCAUUAAACAAGGUUGUGACUUCUAAUUAUGAAACAAACCGGCGAGGAUAUUAUGGAAUGAGGGUUGGAGGGAAGCAGAAACAUCUUGAGAUGCAUGUUGUCGGCGCUAGGCCUCUCUAGGUGAACCAAGGGGGCUUGCUUUGUUGAUGGUUUCAUAUGCUGUAUUGCUCUCUAGUUUGUUGUCACAGUGCAUAUUUAUAUAUGGUAUUUUAGCAUCUUAUUCCGUAAUUAUGUUCUUGUGUGAGUAAUUAGUGAAACAAAAUAUUUAGACAACUUUUAUUUCAUCCAUUUAUGAGUGCAUAUAUCCAAAUGGAAAUUAACGUGGAA